AGGCAGCAGGAGCAGAGAGCAGCCAUUGCUGUGUCUGGCAGCAGACACUCCAGCUGUGAGGAGCCAGAGUGUUUAUUACACGUCACAUGUUCUCUAUUCUCACUGAUUCACUGAUGAUGGACAAGGAAAGGAGUCCCAAGACGGAAAGGAUUUUACAUCUUACCCUGGAGAUCAUCUUCCUGCUGACUGGGGAGGAAUACACAGUGGUAAAGAAGACAUCUGGAGAGUGUGAGACACCCAGUAGUCGUCCCCAUGUGUCAGGAGUACUCAGCAGGACCCAGAGCUCCAUUACGGUGCCUCCACCUCACUCACUGAUACAUGAGAGACAAAUUGACCAGAAGAUCCUGGAACUCACCAACAAGAUCUUUCAGCCGCUGACUGGAGAGGAGGGGGAGUAUAUAGAGGAACACAGAGGUCUGUACAAGGAUGUGAUGAUGGAGAAUCACCGGCCCCUCACAUCACUGGAUGGGCCCAGUAACAGAGAUACCCCAGAGAGAUGUCCCCGUCCUCUGUAUUCCCAGGAUUGUACAGAGGAGAAUCACAGGACCCCACAGCAAGAUCAGGGUGAAGAUCUGACUAAUAUUAAAGUAGAAGAGAUAGAGGAAGAAGAGACGUAUGUGACUGAUAUGAAGGCAGAAGAUAUGGAUGGAGAAGAGAUGUAUCUGAGGGAUGAUCAUCAGUGCAAGGAGGAGGAAAUCCCUACAGAUAUCAGCACAGCAGAUGGACGCACAAGCAAGAAGACCUCAGAGGGAGAUCUCAUAUUGUAUACAGAUGAUUACAUCACACAGGAUUCUCCAGGAGACAUCCCAAUUACAGUAUAUCUACCCCCAGUAUCUCACAGUGCAGAUAUGUCAUCUGUUCCCUCUAAUUGUGAGGAAUACUCAUCCAUUAUUACUACACACAGUACAGCUCACAGAGUAGAUAAAAACUUUCUCUGUUCUGAGUGUGGGAAAUGUUUUACAAUGAAAUCACAUCUUAUUGCACAUCAGAGAAGUCACACAGGUGAGAAACCAUUUCCAUGCUCUGAGUGUGGGAAAUAUUUUGUACACAAAUCACAUCUUUUUAGACAUCAGAGAAAUCACACAGGGGUGAGGCCAUUUGCAUGCUCCGAGUGUGGGAAAUGUUUUACACGGAAAUCUUAUCUUCUUACACAUCAGAGACAUCACACAGGGGAGAAGCCAUUUCAAUGCUCUGAGUGUGGCAAAUGUUAUACUGACAAAUCAAAUCUUUCCAAACAUAGAAAAAGACAUAAAAAAGAUGAGCUGCCGCAGCCAUCUUCACUGUAACUUCAGCGGCUCUUUUGGCCAAUACUCAGCUUCUCAUACCUGCUUCUAUUGUGCCCUGGGUGAGUGUUUUGGGCUCUGCAGCUAUUUUGUCUUUCCCCUGGCAGUAUUCUGCUGUUUUCAUUAAGAAUAUCAUAGGAGGCUUCACAGACUGUGCCUUAUCUUAGUUUUCUGAGCAGUCUCUGGGAUUGCUUUAUAUAUCGUACCUGCCCUUAUCAGCUUAAAUGUGAAAUAUUACAUGAUGAUGCCUCCUGCUCACACGUCUCCUAUCACCCGAGUUGUUUGAUGGCCUAAUCCUUAGAAACAAAGUGGAGCCAUUAUUUAUUACAUCGAGUUGCCUACUGAGUUUACGUGCUUAAGCUGCCUCAUUAUGGCCACAAAAUUAAUCAAGGGGCCAUGGGGGUCAUUCAGAUCUGAUCGCUGGGCUGCGUUUUUUGCAGUCCCGCCAUCAGAUAGUCGCCGCCUACAGGGAGAGUGGGUUUUCAUGUGUAGCAGCCCAGGACUUACUCUUCCAGUGCGAUGGGAACAGGCUGAUCGGGACCGGAUUUGAUGUCAGACACCCUCCCUCAAAACGCUUGAGCCUGCCUGCGUUUUUACGGACACUCCCUGAAAACGGUCAGUUGCCACCCACAAAUGCCCUCUUCCUGUCAAUCUCCUUGUGAACACCAGUGCGAAAGGAUCCUUUGCACCAUCCUGUUGCUAUCCAGCGAUCCCUGUUGCUGCCGUCAGUCGCGCCUGCGUAUUGCGGUGCAUACGCAUGCGCAAUUCGGAUCGGAUUGCCCGCUGUGCGAAAACACACAUCACCGAUCAGAUCUGAAUGACCCCCUAAAUGCAAUAGUCUGCGAGCUGCGGCACUUUGUGUGAGUCUGCCCAUAUUUUUAAGGCGGCUAUUAUUUACAGGGCCUAGUUUUGCUUUGUAAAUGAUUUCCGCUUUAAAAGUAUGGGCAGACUUGCAUAGAUUUCCGCAGCUCACAGACUAUUACAUUUAGCCUAAUUACCUAUAUUAAUGGUGCUGGAGUAUCUGGCUCACAGAAGGGGUCACCUGCUUCUCCCGCCAAUGCAAGCCAAGGCCAACUGGCACUCUUUUGGUGGGAACUAUGAAACACCUCUCAAAUUAUAAAAGAAGUUGCUGAUGAUUUCCAUACCCCUUUCCAAGCGUGAUUCUAAUUACAAACAUCUUAUACCUUUUCGGGAACAUUCCCCAACCCCUCCCUAAACAGUUAUGCAAUACAUUUUAUAAAAUUAUAUGGCACGUCAUCUGAAAGGGGACUAAACCGAAAAUAGCAAGAGACAUCCUCUCUCUUCCUAAGAGUAUGGGCUUUAUUUAGAGUUGGACGCAGCCACUGCAUUCACAUGCAUGGCCACGUCCAAAGGGUUCUGUGCAUGCCAAGUAGCUGUAGUGCUACCCUACACUAUGCGAUCACAUCCCGAUAGUGAUUG